CUGAGCCAGACACACAAACGCAAAGGGAGGGGGCGUGUGAGUGAGCGCGCGACAGAGAGACCUAGACGGAGCGCGAGGGAGAGCGAGAGAGAGAGACACGCGCACUCAGACUGGGGGAGAGAGAGCUCUCGCGAGCGGACUGGCUCUUCAGACUUCUCCUCUCCGCGCAGUCAGAGUGAACUGCGGGGGCAAACGGGGUGGAUGUUUCGUCCUCGACAGCGGAAAGAACCUCAAAUAAGGAUUUUUACAAUUCGUCUUCAAGCCUGACAAACGGAACUUUUCGCCUCGGUGGAGUUUGGAAGCCGUUUUUUCUAAUAUGGACAGUCUGCUCACUGCUACAGGGAGCGACUGGUCGGUGUUGACUCACACACGGGAAUAAAACUGCAGCUGGGACUUUUUUCCUGGAUGGUUGAUGAGGCGUUUCGCACAUCUGAUCAGCUCUGGGACGCGGUGGAUUUACCAGGUUGAAGGACGCCUAGCUGGUUGUGAUUCCCGGUCGACCGUAGGAAGGAUUUACGCAUCUAAAGUUGCAGGAAAAGCAUGGAGACUGUAAGUCGGCCGAGCUUCCAGCCUCAUCCGGGACUGCAACAAACUCUCAAGCAGUUUCACCUCAGCUCUAUGAGCUCGUUGGGUGGACCGGCCGCUUUCUCUGCUCGCUGGCAACAUGAGCUGCUCUUUAAGAAGGACGGGAAGGAGCCCGAGCCGGUUCUGCAGCAUCUGCCGCCGCCCGUGAUGCCCGGCCCGCUCUUCAUCCCGUCGGACCGCUCCACGGAGAGGUGCGAGACGGUCCUGGAGGGGGAGACCAUCUCCUGCUUUGUGGUCGGCGGGGAGAAACGGCUGUGCCUGCCGCAGAUUCUCAACACGGUGCUGCGGGACUUUACCCUGCAGCAGAUCAACUCCGUGUGCGACGAGCUGCACAUCUACUGCUCUCGCUGCACGGCCGACCAGCUGGAGAUCCUCAAAGUCAUGGGGAUCCUGCCCUUCUCAGCGCCGUCCUGCGGUCUCAUCACCAAGACGGACGCAGAGCGGCUCUGCAACGCCCUGAUCUACGGAGGCGCUUACCCGCCGCGCUGCAAGAAGGAGAUGAACGGAGGCUCGCUGGAGCUGCAGUUCACCGACAGGAGCUUCAAAGUCUACCACGAGUGCUUCGGCAAGUGCAAAGGCUUGUUCGUGCCGGAGCUGUACACCAACCCGAAUGCAGCGUGCAUCCAGUGCAUGGACUGCAGACUAAUGUACCCGACCCACAAGUUCGUGGUGCACGGCCACAAGGCGCAGGAGAACAGGACUUGCCACUGGGGCUUCGACUCGGCCAACUGGAGGGCGUACAUCCUCCUGGGCCAGGAUUACACGGAGAAAGAGGAGAAGGCCCGCCUGGAGCUCUUCCUGGACGAGAUUAAGGAGAAAUUCGACUUCGCCAACAAGUACAAGAGGAAAGCAUCAUCCAAGGUGUCCGAUCCCAUCCCGAUGAAAAGGUCUAAACAUGACGACCUCUCAUCACAAACUCCGCUGGCCGACAGAGCGAAGCAGCACGACUGGCUGCAGUCCUUGCCAACUCCCAACAAGGGGCUGAACUGCAUUCAGUCCAGGCAGAGGCCCUCAGCUUUCAGACCCUGGUCCCCCCACAUCUCUGCGGGUGAUAAGGAGCCCUCCAGUAACCCGCUGGCUCUGCUGAGAGACAGCUUCUACAAUUACAAGACCCUAGAGAAUGCAGUGGCCCCCAACGUCGCCCUCACUCCGCUACCACUAGGCAAGGUAGGGCCUCUGUCCCCAUCGAUACCCAGCACUUCCUACCCAAGUGGAAGCGAACCUCCAGGUGAGGGCGCACACCCCAACACCAGGCCUCGCAAGAGGAGAGCUACCGAGGAGCUCCAGUCCACAGCACAUGAAAUCCCUGGGCCUGCUUCCUCAGCAGCCUGCAAACCUCCGCUGCCUCAGGAUGAUAAGGACUCUGAGGUGGAGAUCGAGGUGGAGAGCCGCGACGAAGCUGUUUCGUCCAUGUCCUCCCUCUCGUCGCCAUCUUUUACCUCAUCCAGCAGCUCAGCCAAAGACUUGAGCUCGCCCGGUGUCCAAGGUCCCAUCUGCACUAUCGCGUCAGCCGAAAGCACGGCACCGGCAGCCACAUCGGUGGCAGCACCAGCCCCUGUCACCUCUUCAGAGUCGGGCCUGGAGUCAGAGCUGGAGAGCCUGAGGCAGGCGCUGGACAGUGGGCUGGAUUCCAAGGAGUCGAAGGAGAGGUUUCUGCACGAAAUAGUUAAGAUGAGGGUGAAACAGGAGGAGAAGUUGGGAUCGGCCCUGCAGGCGAAACGAAGCCUUCAGCAGGAGUUGGAGUUCUUGCGGGUGGCCAAGAAGGAAAAGCUGCGGGAGGCGACUGAGGCAAAGCGCAACCUCAGGAAGGAAAUUGAGCGUCUGCGAGCUGAGAGUGAGAAGAAGAUGAAGGAAGCCAACGAGUCAAGGAUCCGCCUGAAGCGGGAGCUAGAGCAAGCCCGACAGCUGAGAGUCUGUGAUAAAGGCUGUGAGGCUGGGCGACUCCGUGCAAAGUAUUCUGCACAGAUCGAGGACCUCCAGAUGAAGCUGCAGCAUGCCGAGGCCGACCGUGAGCAGCUUCGAGCCGACUUGCUGCACGAGCGAGAAGCUCGGGAGCACCUGGAGAGGAUGGUGAAGGAGCUACAGCAGCAAAUCAAACAGUAAAAGAGACGGGACACCCAAGGACAUUCCCACUGGUGACAACUAACCAAGCAGCCAGCCUUACAGCUGAACCUUUUCCAUUUGCCACCAUGAUCGCCACCCCACGAGUCCCACAGGUCACCCGCAUCACACCACUGUUCCUGUGCUUGCCCCUCAGUUUACUGAACACAAAACGUAAGACUUCAAAUGGAGACACAGAGAAGAAUGGAGGAGCGUUGUCCUUGUGCAUGAAAAGUCUAGUGGUACGGUAGAGGAAUGACUGGAAGCAUGCAUUUUCUGAAGCACUGACUUUUGCACCUCUGAACUCGUAGAACUGAAAACUGGAGCACAGUGAACGGCUCUGUAGUGCUGAGUGCGGCUGUGCCUGGAUUUUCCUUCACAAGGACACAAGGAGAGGCUGUAGGACUGUGAUAUAAACUCAUAACAAUAUAACAUCAACGUGUGCACCUGCUGGGAGGUGUUACAAUGACGUGGCCAGGAGGGAAGGCCUCCACCAGCGCCUCCUGCCACGAUGAACCAUAGGAGUCUGAAGACAUUAUAAGCUAUUUAAGAGAUUACAUAGCGAUAUGUAGAGUACACAAAGAGCGUUUUUCUGUUUUUCUGUGCUAUUGGAGGGAAAAAUGAACAAAUGGACUUCCCACUGUGCUGCGGGGGUUUGUCAGGGAGCCAUCGCAGCCCAUUGGGGCGACUCCCCAAACACGAUAGGAUAUGAAAACAUGGCAAAUGAUUUUAACAUGAAAGAUUAGGUUUGGCUUUGUGUUCAACAGGCACAUUUUCCAUUUCAAAUGAAGCCUCAAAAAUGAUCCCUACCAGUCACUUGGUGACGAGUUUUUAAACGAGCUCUUUUAUUGGAUGCUCUGCAUACACUCACAUACAAGUCGCAUUUUAUUUGAGUGUUUGAGUCCUGAAGUCUGUAACACACUCCAGAUGUUUUCGUGCCGUCACAGUGGGCUGGGUGGUUGGUCUUGUCCGUAACCACAAAGUGUUCAUUUGAAUUAAAGUAUGUACAUAUAAAUAUACCUUUCUUUUUUUAAACUUUACAAUAAUGAAUCGCACUUUGUCAUGAGGUGAAAACAGCCCCUCCCCCAUCGUACUCCCACUAUUUUCAGCAAUCUUUCUUUGAAAGCAUCAUCUUAUACGCGACUCCUACCAUAUAGCAUUUUGUUGAUUAUAUGCAUUUUCAAAAGAAUAUUGCUGCUCUGUUUUCAUUAGGCAAGUAUUGUAAAUAAGCAGGAAGCCGGCGUUGGGCAGCAGCACACUCUCCAGUCUGACAACAGGAGCACGAACAAACGUUGUAUUCAGAAGCCGGAGGCUGUGAAUCAGCCGCCACACUGUGGAUGCAAUACAAUCAGAAUGUACAUUGUGUUGAUGCUAGUUUUCCUUUAAUUAUUGAUGUUGUUUUAAAUGUGAAAAUAUUUUAUUAUUUGUCUGUUGUGUUGAAGUUUUUACUUUCUAAAGAAGAAUACUUCAAACUAACAGUUCUGUUCACAUUUUUAAUAGAAAACUAAUUUUCUUUAUGCAUGAAAUUUGACAGCGUUUGCCAUACUUAUAGUCAGUUAUUGGGCAUUGAUACUGUACAUGUAAGGGUUUUAUUGUGUUAUGCAAUAUCAAGCAAUUUGUCUUAUUUAGAAAUGUUAUUAAAAAAAAGCAACACGUGUAUGUUGUUCUUAAGAGAAAAUCAAACUUCACACAAAGAAAAAAACUAAUCAAUGCUGGAAAACCUAAAGUGCCUGAAGGAGGGCCAAAGGUUUCCAGAGCAGGACAGGUGAUGCUGAAGCUGUCAGAGGGAGGGGCGUCACAUCAAGCCCCGCCCUCGCUCUGCAGCUCUUUAUAUCAGUAUUCUGAGAAUCCACCAGUUUACUCAUGUUUCCCUUUCAGCGCAACGAACAAACUUCACAAUCCUAAAAAGCUUUGGGCGUUUUUCUGAACGAUUGCUUUCCUCGCCCCGUACUUGAAAUCAAUUAUGUGCACGCUGUGGCAAAAAAGCCACCUGCUUUGGCAAAUUGUUACUCUGGGUUUGGCAGAGCUGAAAUUGGUACAUUUUGUAGUUGUUUUUACGAAAUAGCUAAUGGCCUUACAGUGCUUGUGGUUUUCUACAAAAGAAGGAGACAAUGACAUUUGGCUUUUUGUCCUCCUGACGUUUAAAAACACAUUUUAUUUUCUAAAGAACCAUUUUGCUAAACGACGGCAGCAAAGCAGCAAUAACAGUCCACAUUAGUAUACUAGCCAGUGUGAAGAGUUGAAUAAGAAUUUACAAAUGUAAAUAUUUUUUCAUUUACGAUAUUGUAAUAAUAUAUGUACAUGGUGUUUCCUUUUUCAAAAACUCUUUUCUUACAAUAGCUGGUGGGGAGUUUGUUUUUUUUAACUUUGUGUUUUAACUGAGGUGUUUCAAAAACAGUUCAUGCAUAAGAGAAUUUAAUCUUUUUUUUUUUUUUUUUUUUUUUUUACUGUAGUCUUUAUAUGACAUGACUUUUUUCACCACUCAUGAAUUUUUAACAGUGUGUUUGGGAUCAGCUGACCUGCAGUACAGGUCACACACAGCUACACCUACUAUAUCACCGUGCUGAUUCUUUUCCCUUCAUCCUCAUGUAUCUUUUUAGCCCUGUGCUGCUGCUAAUACUAUAUACAGUACUAGAAAUAUUUUUAUGUAAGAGGCGAGCGCUCCCAUGUAUUAAUGCCACACAUACAGUAUGAAAAGAGGCUUGGCUUAUUCAUCUAUUUCCUUUAUUUUCUUGAUUCUUCAUGCCUUUCUCUUCCAGCGCCACUGUUCCCUUCUCUAACGAUACAGAUAUAUUGUAAAGGAAAGGACUUUAUGAGAUUAUGUUUGAAAAUAGCUAUGCUUAUAUACUACAGUGACUGAAUGUACAGUGUAUAGAUGCAUUACCACAAAUAAAGUUGUUUGUCCAGAUA